UUUUUUUAACUUCGACAAUAAAAGCGCUGGCCGUCGUUCUUCGUUCCUAAAACGCCAAUAUGUAACCGAGUCACGGCGACCACCGCGUAAUUUUUUUUAUUUUUUUUUUUUUGUAAGAUAUUUCGGGUUCCCCGGGGGCUGGGGAAAGGUCUGGUGCAUCCCGAGUUUCUGACAUUUUGCAUUUCUGUGCCUGUGUGUGCCAGCAGAAAAACCCUCUAUCCUGGAAGAAUGGUGAAACUGGGGAAUAAUUUCAGCGAGAAGAGCACAAAGCAGCCCCUUUUGGAGGAUGGAUUUGACACCAUCCCCUUGAUCACACCCCUGGACGUCAAUCAGCUCCAGUUCCCACCUCCCGAUAAGGUUGUGGUCAAAACGAAAACAGAAUAUGAACCUGAUCGCAAGAAGGGAAAGUUCCGUACUCCUAAAAUAGCUGAAUUCACAAUCAGCAUCACUGAAGGGGUUUCAGAAAGAUUUAAGGUAACUGUGCUGGUCCUUUUUGCCCUUGCGUUCUUAACGUGUGUUGUAUUUCUGGUAGUCUACAAGGUUUACAAGUAUGAUCAUACCUGUCCAGAAGGAUUUGUUUUCAAGAAUAAUCAAUGCAUUCCAGCUGGGUUGGAAAACUACUACUCUGAACAAGACUCCAGUGCUCGAGGGAAAUUUUACACAGUCAUAAACCACUACAACCUGGCCAAACAAACCAUCACGCGCUCAGUGUCCCCGUGGAUGACAGUACUGUCAGAAGAGAAACUAUCUGAACAGGAGACGGAAGCCGCUGAGAAAUCAGCUUAGUAUGAUAAGCUAAUUAUUAACACUAUGUCACUUGAAGGUAACUAAGGGACUUUAAGGAACUUUUCAUUAAAUAUAAUUAUGGAUAAUUUAGAGAUUACUCAUGUUUAUGGUGCAAUUGCUUCUGUUUGCUGAUACUGCUUUGCAAAAAAAAAAAAAAAAAAGAGAGAACAAAAACUUGCUGCAGAACACUCAUGGGCAUAAGCCAAGGUGCAUAUCAGCAUUGCUUUAGAGCUUUGACACCAUUUUCAAUGUUAAAAAAAAUCCAAUGUUAGAGAUGUUCUUGCAGUUUAUUGGAUACUGACAGAUUUCUUCGCCGGAUUUUCAGGGCUCGGACCUUAGAUAAAUCACGUGUUCUGUUGUCUAACUGAUACUUUAUUUAUUAACUUCUUUUCUUCUUUGUCAUUUUGCAAACUGAAACACCUCAGCCAUAACUAGAGUGAUCUCUUGUUUAGCUGAAAGCUAUAUUUAAUAUUUAGUUUUGGCUCAAGAAAGAAUGAUAGCAUUGAUGUGUCAAGGGCAUAAUGUAAUGACUUGUAUGGAGAAGGGUAGCAUUUUUCUUACAUUUUCUUUACUGUUGUUUAUUUGUAAGUGAUAAUGAAGUUCUCUGCAACAAGGCAUGCUCAAUGUUUUAUUAUUGCUGUCGACAGGAUUUAACUGCAUUUCCACUGUGGCUUUAGCAUCUUGGUAAGGAUAGCACUGAACCACAAACUAGAUAGGCGUUACGGAAAAACACGGACAGUUUUAGUGAUGGAUGUUGAGGGUAGUGUAAAAAAAUACACAGUUCAGGAUGUUCUCAUGAGAAAUGACAUCUGUUGAUCAUACUUAAGAGGCAGAAAGCCUAUUCACAGUAGAUGUAGUCCACUCUGUAAUUUGUUGGAUAUGACAGAGGGAGUAAUAUGUCUAAGUUUUCUCUUUUAUUACAUUAACAUUUUCCCUUUUUAUUCAUUAGAAAGAGCUUUCGGUUUGUGGAUCGUUUGCAGUUUGCUCCUUUCAAAAACACAGAGCAUCACAAGUGAAACAAUAGCGUAUUAGCUAACACAGCUGGCUGUUUUAAAGCUCCAUGUGCAACUGAGUGAAGAGUAGAACUGUUUAUGUAUGGCUUGGGAGGGGAAAAGAUGUAGAAGAACAUAGUAUUGUGGAUGCACGUUACAGUUCCAUUGUAAUUACAAACUUAUCUAUUCUUUGUGUGAA